AUUUGAUAUGUAAAUUCUUGUCGGACAAUAUAGGUAAACAUAGUACUGCAUCUGGAAGAGUUGUGCCUGUUUGUUGUUGGUGGAUUUCCCCUGUGACGUAUAGGAUGUACUGUACAUACUACGUACCUGCUACAGAUCGCAAAACCCCACUCCGAUGACUCGAAGCCCCGCCCACUGCCUUUACUUAUUUAUCUCAAUGGACCACAGAGCUUUCUUCAUCCAUACACAUUAACUGUCAGCUGUACACUCAUUCUGCGCCGGACUAUACCCCCACUGAUCCUGAAACCACGUUUUAAAAGCUAGACCUAAUUCGAAUUUCGAAUUUCGCCUUGUCAUUGUCUGGCGUCUUUGCUCAAGUACGGUACUUCUCAACGGUUGUCUGUAUGAACUACGACCUCGAGUGUUUAGGUUGAUUUGAGGCAUAUGCCUUUAGUAUUUUUUAUUACCUUUAAAUUCCUUUUGGAGCUAUACACAUAAAGUCAGCCAUGGAUAGCCAGGUAGACCGGCUGGUGGACAAGGUCUGGGGUAAGUUGCUCCGCGCGCCGCAUUUUGCAUAACAUGAAUGCGCCGAACCUUGCAUCUCGAAGAAAAAUUCUCUAGUACCAAUGGAUUACUAAUAGCUCUCAAGGUAAAAUCCAGUCUAUGCCGGAUGGUUCCCGGUUGAUGAUAGCAGUGAGUGGGAUCCCUGGCUCCGGAAAGACCGCACUUGCCAGCAUGAUGGCGAACCGCAUCAACCAACUGUAUACCGCGCGGUAUCCAGGUUCACCGCCUAUCGCGACUGCUAUCCCAAUGGAUGGAUAUCAUCUGACGCGGGCGCAACUCGCUCAAAUGCCCGAUCCUGUGUAUGCUGUGGCGCGACGUGGUGCGGCUUUCACCUUUGACGGGGAGAAGUUCUUGAAAUUAGUACAGGCUUUACGGGAGCAGUUGACGCCAGAGACGCAAAGCUUGUACGCGCCAAGCUUCGAUCAUGCGAUCAAGGAUCCUGUUGACGAUGAUAUUCCCAUCCCCGCCACGUGCAAGGCCAUUUUCUUCGAGGGGAAUUACCUGAGUUUAAGUAAAGAGCCGUGGAAUCAGGCGGCGCAAUUGAUGGAUGAGCUCUGGUUCGUCGACGUUGAAUUUGAAACCGCUCGAAAGAGGUUGAUUCGGAGGCAUGUCAGGGCAGGCAUUGCGAAGGACGAAGCCGAGGCAGAUAAGCGCGCCACAGAAAAUGACCUUGUGAACGGGCGGGAAAUAGUAGAAUAUAGAUUGCCUGUUCAAGAGAUUAUUACGAGUCGUUAUGACCCUAAUUGGGAUAGGUGAUUGUUGAAUUUUUUUUUUUUGGAUGACCUUCGGCAUGAGCAUGAAGUAUAAUAGAUGAUUGAGUGAAGCAUGAUAUGAUACAUGAAAGCGUUCCUUUCCGU